AUGAGCAGGCUGCACCGCGCGGCUGCCCGCGGCGACCUGGCCUGGCUGAGGCGCUGGCGCUGGGGGCUGAGGGUGCUGGGCAUCGACAGCCGCGACCAGGAGAAGCGCUGGCAUCACCCCCCUGAGGGCUUGUGGGGGCUCCUGUUGAAGGGGGUUGCUUGGAAAGCAAGACUUUCCCUGUCAGCUGGGAGGGGAAACUGGAGAGCUUUCCAUUGCUGGCAGCUGCUGGGUGGGCUCAGGACCCCUCUGCAUCUCGCCUGUGCCAACGGCCAUGCGGAUGUGGUGAGAUUCCUAGUGAGACAGGACUGCCAGGUGGACCUGUGUGACAACUGGAGGAGAUCGCCCCUGAUGAAGGCAGUGCAGAGCCAGCAGGAAGAGUGUGUGGCUGUUCUGCUGGAGCAUGGGGCUAACCCAGAUCUGCAGGAUGCUGACGGCAACACCGCCCUCCACCUGGCUGUCCUGUCUCAUAAUGUAGACAUGGUGUUGCUGUUACUGGAGCAUGAUGCUGAUAUUGAUGCAGAGAAUAAGGAGGGAUGUACCCCGCUGAUCCUGGCUGUCUCUGAACAUCACAAAGAGAUGGCAGAGGUUCUCCUGAAAAUAGGAGCUGAUGUGCAGGCUCGAGAUCUGAGUGAAAGAACCCCACUUAUGAUUGCUGCCUCUGGUGGGCAGCUUGAUUUGGUGAGAGUUCUUGAGUUCGGGGCUGAUGUUUCCCAGAAAGACGCUGCUGGGCGCACAGCUGGGGAUGAUGCUGUUCUGCAGGGAUACUCCAGUCUUGGGAAACAACUGGCAGAAGAUGCAGAGCAGAAGAGCACAGGAGAAGCUUCUGUGCGUGGUGGCCAGGGCUGCACAGCACCUGGCACUCUUCACUGGGCAGAACCUGCUGGCUUCAUGUUGGGGGCACCUGCUGUGGACAGAGGAGCAACAGAUGACUGGUCCGAAGGAGGCUCAAUCAGAAGCUCUGAGGAAGAGGGGAAUGAUGACAGUUGGAGUAGUUCCGAAGAAGAGCUGGAUUUUAGCCCCAAGCAGCAGAAGCCAAACUUGAGACUGUUAAUGGAUGCUUUCCAGCAGCGCAGGACACACAGUGAUGGCUCUAGAAUGGAAAGUCCUAAAUCACCAAAGAAAAGCCUCCAAGAAAGAACUGGGGGAUCACUUCAUGGUGGCAGCCCAGAAGCCCAGAAGACAACUUCACAAGACAGCACUGCUGAGCACUCAGGAUCUACCUGUCACACAUCAGCACCAGCUGAAGAAAAAGACAUCAGUGAAGCUGUGGAGAACUCUGGGGUGCAGGGCAUGGUGCUUGCUGGUGCUCUUGAAAAACAAUCCAAGUCAGAAGCUUUGCUGGAGGAGACCAAGUGCUGCUGCAGGGAGCUGAGGAAAAGGAAUCUGGGCUUGCAAGAGGAAUUGGAAGAGGUUAAAAGCAAGGUGCAGGACUUGGUAGACUGGCAUCGGCAGUCUGUGUGUUGUGUUGGUGGUCUGAGGGUUGCCUGGGAUGAGGAGGAAAGAGAGCUAAGAGCUUCUUUCCAGAAACUGCAAGACCUGCUGCUGGCAUCUUCUGGAACAGACGGAAUAAUAAAAGAGCUGGAAGAACGAGUGCAACGCCUUCAGAUGGAAAAUGCCAGGUUAGAGGCCAUAGUCCAGCAGCAGAGCAAUAGGAUUGAAGGCCUUUGGAGAGACCUGCAAGCCUCUGCCUGGGUGGAUCAGCUUUCUCAGCCUCUGCAGACAGAAUCUAAGAAAGACACGGGGACAGAAGCAGAAGCUGGGGUGUCACAAGAAGAGUUCUCCAGCGAGUGUGGAAACCAGGAACAGCUGGAGAAGAGUGAACAGCAGCUGCAAGAAGAGGAGAAGCUGCUGGCUGCGAGCCCAGUUCAGCGUCCAAGUGAACUGGGCAGGCCUGGCACCCAUGAGGCACUGAACAGAAAGCCAAGUUCAGUGAGAAGCAUUCAAGUAGGAAGGAGGAUCUACACCUGUGCUGCUAAGACUGUCUGGUCUGAUAUGGGGGAAGUCUUGUGGUCGUGA